UCAUCUGUGUAAUUUCCCCUCGCCUAGCUGAUUUAAUUAUUUUCAUUUCGGCCCCUGAAGCCAUCAGUUUAUUCCGCGAGUCUUCCCUUCCUUGCCCAUCUGCCUUCUGCUCGUCUCCGAUAGUGUGAAUGAGAGCUGCUUCAAAUCUCUCCAUUUCCAGUUCAAGCAUUAGUGGGGUCACAGUUGCCUUCUACUCGUCUUCUCCGAUAAGUCCCUGUCGCAACUCCUAUUCCGAGUGAGUUUGGCGGAAAAAUGAUGAGAAAAAUUAAAGCCAGACCCUUGACCAAGAAGUCAUGUGCAAUGGCUCCUCUGAACACCCUUCCUGUUAUUGGAUCACCUUGACUAAUCGAAGAUUGACAAUGUUGGAAUGGUGCCAUUUAUUGGUAAACAUUUGCGAAGAUCCUAAUAAUUGCAUCCGUGAUAGAAAAAAUCAUGCUUCUAUUGCAUCGAAUUAUUCCUUCCUUGGUUUCCGUAUCAGUCAGAGAUUCUAUCAAUCUAUGUGUUUACUGUUCUAAAUCAGUGGUAGCUGAAUUCAUUCAUAAUGAUGCAAAGGCAAACUGUGAUACAGUUGUUGAUUCCAUUUGCAGCUCAUUUAGGAGAGGCUGGAACUGGGACAGGCUGACUCAAAAAUUUGAUACUUUGCAGUUAAAUGAUUUGAUGGUAGAAAAAGUACUGUUGGAGUUAAAGGAACCAAAUGAUGCAAAACGGGCUCUGGCUUUCUUCCAUUGGUCAGCACAAAGGAAAACCGUUGAACAUGGUAUUCGGUCCUACUGUAUCACAAUUCAUAUUUUGGUUCGAGCCCGGCUGCUUAUGGAUGCUCGCGCAUUGCUUGAAUCAGUUUUGAAGAAAGGUGUCGGAUACUCCCUUCCAUGUUCAAUAGUGGAUAUUCUACUUAGCAGUUACAAGAUUACUGCUUCAUCUCCAUUUGUGUUUGAUUUGUUAAUACAGGCUUAUGCUAAACUAAGAAUGUUUGAUAUUGCUUUUGAUGCUUGCCACUAUUUGGAAGAACAUGGGUUCUCUUUAAGCCUCAUUAGUUUCAACACUCUGAUUCAUGUUGUUCAGAAAUCUGAUCAAGUUCCUCUAGUUUGGAAGAUUUAUGAGCAUAUGAUUCAGAAAAGAAUUUAUCCAAAUGAAGUAACAAUCAGAACUAUGAUUACUGCAUUGUGCAAGGAAGGGCAGUUGCAGAAAUAUGUUGACGCAUUGGAUCAGAUCCAUGGGAAGAAAUGUUCUCCUUCAGUGAUUGUUAAUACCAGUUUGGUCUUAAGGAUUUUGGAGGAGAGAAGAGUCGAAGAUGGUAUGAUAUUAUUAAAGAGAAUGUUGCAAAAGAAUAUGAUUCUUGACACAAUUGCUUAUUCACUGAUUGUUCAUGCCAAAAUAAAACUCGGGGAUUUGGAGUCAGCAUACAAGGCAUAUGAAGAGAUGCUUAAAAGAGGUUUCCAAGCAAAUUCUUUCAUCUAUACUUUGUUCAUAGGAGCCCAUUGUAAAGAGGGAAAAAUAGAAGAAGCACAUUGCUUGAUGCAAGAGAUGGAAAAUAUGGAUUUGAAGCCGUAUGACGAGUCCUUUGAUCUUCUAAUUGAGGGGUGUGCUAAAGCUGGAAAACUGGAGGAAAGCUUAAGAUAUUGUGAGCAAAUGUUGGGGAGGCGACUUGUUCCCAGUCGUUGGGCUUUCAAUGAGAUGGUAGGAAGGCUCUGUCAGAGUGGGGAUGUGGAGCAGGCCAAUGCAAUGCUAACUAUUUUGUUAGAUAAAGGAUUCUUGCCUGACGAGGUUACAUACUCUCACCUGAUCGAUGGUUAUGGUAGCAAGGGUGAGAUAGAUGAAGUUCUCAAACUCUACUAUGAAAUUGAGUACAAAUCGCUGUCUCCUGGGCUAUUGGUUUACAAGUCAUUGAUUAGGAGCCUUUGCCUCUGCGGGAAAUUAGAGGAAGCUGAAAAAUAUUUAAGAAAGCUGAAAGAACGCUCACUAGUUCCAACUGUGUGCAUUUAUGACACAUUGAUUGCGAGCUACUCUGAGAAAGGUGACAGAACAAGGGUCCUCCACCUUCAGAAUGAAAUGAUUUCACUUGGACUUAAGCCUAGUUGCUCAUAGUUUUUGGGUAAUAAAGCACAAAGAACAUUGAAGACUAGCCAAGUUGAGAAAACAGAGUUAGGGUCCACUCAGGAUGAAGAGUGAUUUGUGUUGACUUUUAACAUCUUCUCCUUAAAUUACCAGUUUUUACUGCUGACCGGGAUUCACAUUGCAGCAGCUUAAGUUGGUCAUAUAAAUUGUACAUGUGGAAAGGAUGUUUAACAUAAAAAAGAGAGAGAUACAAUACACACGAGGAUGGUUUUGUCGUUCCUGUUGGGCUUGUGACGACCUCUGUAAAUAAUUCAAGUUUAGCUAAAUACUCUCUUCUAUGGUCUUUGUCUCCAUGUAAUUCUUUGAUCAUGUGUUGGUGAAUAAAAUUUUGCCUUGGAAUUUGCCAGGAGUGGA